CUCUGGUGCAGCCUGCCUAGUGAAUUGCAAUGGGAUAUUUAAUGUUAUGGGAUUGAUCCAUAAGUCGAAGAAACUUUGUCACAAACUGUCUUGAGUUUAUCGAAAGACGCUGUACGAAACUUUGGCUACGGAGUAUCCAAAGAUGAUCUUAAGAUCUUGUCGGUCUUGAAUAUAAGAUCUGACUGAUGAAUACCGGCCCUAAUCUCAAUUUCAAUUCAUAGUCUGAUACAGGCUUAACGGUGUUCUUAGUUGGAUUUAAACUGAAAACACAAGCUUGUGUUUCUUUAGGAAGCAGAAUUCUAAAUGUAACAGAAGGAAUACUGGGAUUGAACAGCGGUAUACCAGUUAUUGGGAUUGUCACAUAGUACAAUUAGGAAACCGAGAUAGCGAGAUAAUUAAAACCAGCAUCAAGAUGAAAAAAUCGAGUGGUAAGGCAUACGCUUCUAGUCAGGAGGACAGCGAAAAUGACAGCGACGUAACGGAAUGCAGCAUCGGGAGUAACUCCACCGCAGGCACUCAUCGUAGCGAUACGCCCACUCGCAGCGCCCGUUACAAACGGAAAGGUCGUCGCAGGAGUAAAACGGCAAAAUACAAACCUUCGACGGAUAAACCGCUGUACAAGUACUGUUGCAGCGUCAAGGAGGAUCACGGGCAGCCCUUGUUUGGCGUACAAUUCAAUUAUCAUUUGAAGGAGGAUGAACCGAUGAUAUUCGCCUCCGUUGGUAGCAAUCGCGUAAGCAUCUACGAAUGUCCGCAGAGUGGAAAUAUACGACUGCAACAAUGUUACGCCGACCCAGAUACGGAGGAGAACUUUUACACGUGCGCAUGGACAUACGACGACUCCGGGAAGCCUCUGUUGGCAGUGGCCGGAUCACGCGGUGUCAUCCGAGUUAUCAGCCCCGCGACGAUGACCUGCAUCAAGCAUUAUAUUGGCCACGGGCACGCGAUAAACGAGCUCAAGAUUCAUCCCAGGGACCCGAACAUCCUGUUGUCCGCGUCGAAAGAUCACGCUCUAAGACUGUGGAACAUCAAAACGGACGUGUGUAUCGCAAUCUUUGGCGGCGUGGAGGGCCAUCGGGACGAAGUUCUGAGUGCCGAUUUCGACAUAAGAGGCCAAAGGAUUAUCUCGUGUGGAAUGGAUCACGCCCUUAAGUUAUGGUCCUUGGACAAGCCGGACAUGCAGGAGGCGAUAAAGCAAUCCUAUCACUGCAAUCCCACCCGCAACGGCAGGCCCUUCGACUCGAUACUCCAACAUUUCCCGGACUUUACCACUCGCGACGUACAUCGGAAUUACGUCGACUGCGUGAAAUGGUUCGGCGACUUCAUCCUGAGCAAGUCCUGCGAAAAUUGCAUCGUGUGCUGGAAACCGGGCAGACUCGAGGACUCGCAGCUGCGCAAUGGAGAAACGAGCGCGACGGUUUUGCACCGUUUCGAGUUUAAAGAGUGUGACAUUUGGUUCAUACGCUUCUCCAUGGAUUUCUGGCAGCGCACGAUCGCGCUGGGAAAUCAGGUCGGUCGCACUUACGUUUGGGAUUUAGACGUCGACGAGCCUGGGCAAGCGCGCUGUUGGUCUCUUCAGCAUCCCCGUUGCACCGCGCCAAUUCGACAAACCAGCCUGAGUCGCGAUGGCGCCGUGCUAUUGUGCGUCUGCGACGACGCGACAAUCUGGAGGUGGAAUCGCGAUCAUUAACUCUACUCGAAUCAAUUUUAUUAUGACUAAGGCCGGUAGUCCGUUCUUAUAUUUAGGAUCAUCUUAAGUAUACUCUUAAUUUGUUUUCAACCAAUCACAGAGCCGUAUCAGCAUCUUAAGGCAACCCUUAAGAUAAUUUGGAAAUAAAAAUCGACUAUGAAUACCGGCCUAAAAUGUGCCUUUUUAUAUUAGUUGCAAGUAUUCGUAUUUUUUUGUAGCAUUCACUUAAAAUCUGGACAAAACUUAACAAUCUAUCUAUUUCAAAUCUCGAAACGCAAAUGUAGCAUGUGUACACGCGUGUAUAAUCGGACCUUUGCAUUCCUAAUAAUUUGCCGAAUAUUGAGAUUUUAAUGUAACGGACUGCUAUCCGACGAUUGCGGACGUAGCUGUAAUUUUAUAUUGAAGAAAUCUCGAUUAAAAUACGAAAGUAUUUCUAGAAUGAUAUAAAUGACAUUAUAGAAAA